UGUUAAUAUAAGUGUUUUUUAUUUCAUUGAAAAAAAAAAUGUAGUAUAAUUUUCAUGCAGUGAAAUGCAGUUAGCAUAGAAUUCAUACUACAUUCACUUUAUUAAUUGGGUCACAUCAUCGACCAAAUUUUCUAGGCACUCAGUUUAAAAAAGAUAAUGGAGUCCCUUUCCCACCAUGUCUGCGUAUCAUACACGGCGACUGUAACCUCAUCAUUUGCGAACAAUGGCAGGCUGCAAACUCACUUGGAUUAAUUCUCUCACAACAUGCAUCUUCUUCCUCAUCCUCACACUGAUGCCUUCUGCAACACCACUCUCCUUCAACCUCACGAGCUUCACCCCCAACACCACCCAGCUGAUCCUCCAAGGAGACGCCUCAACCUCAAACUCAUCUCUCCAACUCACCAUCAACCAACAGGACAAGCCCAUGAACGAGAGCCUCGGCCGAGCCACUUACGCCCACCCACUGCAUCUCUGGGAUAACGCCUCCCGAAAUCUCGCCGAUUUUACCACCACUUUCUCAUUUUCCAUCAAUUCCAGGAACAGUUCAAAUUUCGCCGACGGGUUUGCCUUCUUCCUCGCCGCCGGCGACUUCCCGUUCCCGGUCUACAGGCUCGGUGGCGGCCUCGGCCUCAUCGACGGGGUCUUAGAUACGCACCCGUUUGUUGCCGUGGAGUUCGACACUUUCAGCAACGAGUGGGAUCCAAACGGCACCCACGUGGGUAUUGACAUCAGCACCAUGAAAUCUGUGAGUAACGUUUCGUGGAUGGGCAGUAUUUUGGAUGGAAAAAGAAUCAACGCCUUGAUUCUUUACAAUUCCAGUUCAAAAAAUUUGAGCGUUUCCUUCACUGGAUUCAGGGGAAACGCGACCAUCCAAGAAAGUCUUCACUACGAAGUUGAUCUGAGAAGGUACUUGCCGGAAUGGGUCCAGGUCGGGUUCUCCGGCGCGACGGGGAAGUACUAUGAGUUGCAUACCAUUUAUUCUUGGGAAUUCAGUUCAAAAUUGCAACUUAGUGAAACUUCUACAAGUGGUUCAAUUGCAAAUCAACCCGGAAACAAGAACAGGAAGGGAUUAGUUCUGGGAUUAUGUGUCGGAGCAGGCGUUGUGAUCGGGAUACUCUGUUUGGCUUCUUGCAGCCUGCGGGUAAGGAAAUUCAAAGGCCAAAACGAAACAGAUCCUCUGUUCGACGGAGCCAUAGAUGAUGAAUUCGAGAAGGGCACCGGUCCCAGGAAGUUCUCCUACCGCGAAUUGGCCCGCGCGACAAAAAACUUCGCGGCGGGGUCGAAGCUCGGAGAGGGCGGGUUUGGCGGAGUCUACAGAGGUUUCUUGAAGGAGUUGAAUUCCCACGUCGCGGUGAAGAGGGUCUCAAAGGAGUCCAAACAGGGCAUAAGGGAAUACGCAACGGAAAUAAGGGUCAUCAGCAGAUUAAGGCACAGAAAUUUAGUACAAUUGAUAGGUUGGUGUCACGAAAAGAGACAACUCCUUCUGGUCUACGAAUUUAUGCCCAACGGGAGCUUAGAUUCCCACAUAUUCAACUCAGAGCGCACAUUGACAUGGGCGCAGAGGUUCAACAUAGCCCGCAACUUAGCCUCCGCUCUUCUGUAUCUCCAGGAAGAAUGGGAACAGUGCGUAGUUCACAGAGACAUAAAAUCAAGCAACGUGAUGCUGGAUUCGAGCUUCAACGCCAAAUUGGGGGAUUUCGGGCUUGCCCGAUUGGUAGACCACGCGAGGGGGGCUCGGACCACCGCGGUAGCCGGCACCAUGGGGUACAUGGCGCCGGAGUGCGUCACGGCUGGCAGGGCGAGCAAGGAGUCGGAUGUGUUCAGCUUCGGCAUCGUAGCGCUGGAAAUUGCGUGCGGGAGAAAACCCAUAGACGCCAACGCUGAGGAGAGCGAUACGGUGUUAAUGGUGGAGUGGGCAUGGGAUCUGUACGGGAGGGGGAGGGUUCUGAAGGCGGCGGACGCGAGGCUGCGCGGCGAUUUUGACGAGAGGGAGAUGGAGUGCUUACUGGUGGUGGGGCUUUGGUGCGCGCACCCGGACCAGAGUGUGCGGCCGCCGGUGAGAGAAGCGAUUCAGGUGCUUAAUUUUGAAGCGCCGCUGCCUAGGCUGCCUUCGAAGAUGCCGGCGCCCACGUUUCUGGCGCCUGUGGGGAGCAUUCCUGCGGUGGCGCGGCCGUCGUCCCUCGGCGUCGACGGUGGUGUUUCCGAUAGGGGCCACGCAGACGGAUCUUCUAGUCACAGUAAUAACACAAGUUCCUCGUAGGUUUUUUAAGCGUAGUUCUUUUGUUUCCCUCUCCAAUUUUGUUGGGUUGGAAGAGGCUGUCCAAAUGUACUCAAUUGAAUGUGCAUUGUUUUUUAAUGGUGGCUCCUAUUAUUCAAAUAUAAUAUGAAGUGUGUGUGUGUUUUUCUGGUAA